UUCUCGGAACCUUCUUACCUUUGACGAUUUCUCACCUGUCUCUUUCUUUUUUUGUUUGUUUCAAAUCAAAUCCUUCAAACGUUUGAUUAUUAAAGAAAAAAAAAAUCCAAAUCCUAAGGUUUUAAAUCAAAAUCAACCCCACUCUCUCUCUCUCCGUGAAAUCAAUUUCGAGGGACAGUCCAGAUCCAAUGGCUUCUGCUGCUCAGGACUUGAACAAGAACGAUAAUCACGAGGAGUCUAGCCCUCUCUUGGCUAAGCAAGAACAACAAGAAGAUGAAAAGAAAACCACCAAGCUAGUUGAGACUAAUAAGUCUGAUAAGGUUGAGACUAAAAAGUCUGAUAAGGUUGAGACUGAUGCGAAAGCUCCGGCCCCGGCAGUCGGAUUUGUCGGCGGGUACGCUUGGACCGCCGAUGGGCUUCCGUUAAGGCACGGCGGCAGCGUCGUUGGCGAGCCCAUGGGCCGUUCUCAAUGGAACUCCAGCCUCUGCUGUUGCCUCGGUCGCAACGACGAGUUCUGUAGCAGCGAUCUUGAAGUUUGUGUUCUUGGAAGUUUUGCUCCUUGCGUGCUGUAUGGAAGCAAUGCCGAGAGACUUGGAUCUAAUCCUGGGACUUUUGCUAAUCACUGCUCAACCUACACUGCUCUAUAUUUGAUUGGAAAAAUUGUUUUUGGUUGGAACUGCCUUGCGCCGUGUUUUUCAUAUAAUAGCCGUACUGCUAUUCGUCGGAGGUUCAAUCUUGAGGGCAGCUGUGAGGCGUUUCAUGGUACAUGUGGGUGCUGCGGAAGCUUUGUAGAGGAUGAGGUGCAGCGUGAACAAUGUGAGUCUGCAUGUGACUUUGUGACUCAUGUCUUCUGCCACCAAUGUUCUCUUUGUCAGGAAGGUCGUGAGAUCCGUCGUAGGAUGCCUCAUCCUGCGUUCAAUGCUCAACCAUUCUUGGUUAUGAUUCCUCCAGUGGAGCAGGCCAUGGGCCGUGGGGCCUGAGAGCUUCCUGUCUCAGCGUGAAGGAGUUUUACUAUCUAUAUGUAGCAUCAGUGCAAUAUGAUAACAUGGAACUCUUUAAACUGCAUUUGCAUUAUCUCAGCCACUUAGGCUUCUCUGCUUUGUUUUGUCGAACACCCAUAAAUAAGAUACAAAGAGAAUGUGCACUUAACCUAUAUAUUAUGUUUAUAAUACAUGAUGUUUGUAGA